AUGUGGAACGGCUACUGCCAGCGAAUUGUACGCACAGCAGCAGCUCUAGUCCAAGAACAAAAACACAACAUCCAACAGCUUGAGAACCAUUCUUCGCAGAGUUCACAGUCUGGUUUGUUCAUAAUGGAGAAUGUCUUCAGCUACCUCUCCGUUUGCUACCACAGGCUCCCCUACAGGUUGUUAAUCCUAGGAUUAGUCGCCGUGGAUUUGCUCUGCACGGUGUAUGUAAUCUGUGAGCUUCCUCCAUUCACGGGGGGAUACAACUUCUUAACGGACGACCAUUAUCCAGUUCUGAUGGUGAUUCGAUCCUGUACUGAAUUGGACAAGAAGGUAAUUGCAAAAAUCAUGACAAUGAAGUACAAUUUUCAAGUUUUCAGGUACAAUGUCGUAACCGAAACCCACAAGAUUCAAGUACAGUUACAGUUUGACGCGAUACAUUGCAUGGGUAUUUAUGAUAAGUAG